GUCAAGAUUUUGGUCUCCAACAGCACAGCUGGAAUGAUAAUCGGAAAAGGUGGCAGCUAUAUCAAGGAGUUGAAGGAUAUUACUGGAGUAGUUAUUCAAGUAUCCCAAAAGUCUAAGGAGCUUAACUUGGCUGAAAGAUGCGUUACUGUUGCAGGUGAACUCUCACAGACACGUGACGCUAUUGCUCUGAUUUUGAACAAGAUUGCUGAGGAUCCUCAGUCAUCCAGUUGUCCAAAUAUAUCUUACUCCGAAAUAAUCGGGCCAGUCGCAAGUGCGUACCCCACCGGCUCACCUUAUGCUUUAGCGGUUGGAUCGCAUCCAGGAUUACCUGCAUGUGGAAUGGAUUUUGGUUCGGAUAUGCAUUUCAGAGCAGCCCCAGGCUCGAAUCCUAGCUUUUCACCUCCUCAUAUUAAUUCUCUUUCACCUGUAAGUCCAACUACCUCGAAUCCAGCUUCUGGAUCAAUUUUCGGUGGAAGUUCUUCCCCAGCUGUUGCUGCUGCUAUGGCUGCAAUGAGUGCAGUUGCUGCCUGUUCUCCAAACGCCAAGUCAACGUCUGCAUUGGUCCCAAAUGUUGGUAGAGCAUUAAUGGGCCGUGGUGUCACUAGUACACACUCAAGUAAUCAUCAAGCUAUUACUCAUUCCCCUCAUAGUCUUUUAGGAUCUGUCGCAACACAUUAUAGUGCUAGGAUUUCGCCAACUUAUGGAUCACCAGGACCUGUCAUCUAUUCACCUAACUCUGGUAUGGGUCUUGAGGGAAUACGUAGUGUUUUAAUAAGUGCUGGCUAUUCUGAUGCAGCCACAGAUGAGAUUGUCAAUGCCAUGGAUGUACUAAGCCUAUACGGGUUUAUUUCAAUGUCCAGUUUAACUGGAUGCAUAAACUCUUCGCCGAUGAUUAAUUCACCUCCAAACAAUCAUCUUGCUGUAAAUUCCAAUGCGUUAAGUGGAAUAGGCAAAUCAUGUACUAACUUCGACUCAUGUGGUCAACAAUCUCCAGUGUUAUCAAAUAGUUUUCACUCUAACGAUCUCCCACUGCAGAAUUUUCGAAAUCUUGCGGCAGCAUCUAUCCAAAAUUGUGUCACUUCUCAACCCAGUCAGAUAUACAUGCAUAAACGAUCUUCAUUCUCUUCGUACCAACCUGUCAGUAUGAAUUCGCAUCCACGUGCAAAUCAUUUAACUGCUACAACUUGCAACAAUAUUGACACUAACAUUGAAGUCAUUUCAGUCAUUAAAGAGUUGAAUGUCCAAGAUACACUUUGCGUCUCAUCUGCUCCGAUAGUUUGUGGGAAGCCAUAG